CUUGAGCUCAUGUGGCGCGCGCAUGGAAACGACAAAGUAACGCACAGACAGGACUGUGGAGAUUUAGCCAAAUAACUGGUUUAUCAUAUUUAAGCCGUCGGUCACUGUAUUUUUAUUAUUUUGUUUAUAAACGGUAUUCUCUAAAACUAAGUAGAGCUGGGCAUUGGUUUAUACAGUUAGCUAAAAUACGUCCGUUGCUGUUUUAGGCUAGAAGCUCCUCCUGUAGCUAGCAUCUUUUCGUGGAGCUAGCAGAGAAAAAUACAUCACGUGUGUAUGAAAAUAUGGUUUUGCUAAAAAGUUUGCCUCCUCCUGCUGAGGGAGUUCGGCAUCAGCAGGCCGAGACGACAGCGGUGUUGGACGGGAAGCCACUCGGAACCGGGACGCUGUAUGUAGCAGAAGCGUGCCUGUCAUGGUUUGACAGCUCAGGAAUGGGUUUUUCACUGGAUUAUCCCACCAUUAGUCUGCACGCCAUCUCCCGAGACCUGAGCGCUUAUUCACAAGAGCAUCUGUACGUGAUGGUCAACAAAAAACUCAGUGACGAAAACGAGGCUGAGAUGCGGGAGAAAGCUACAGAAAAUGAAGGCGAGGAAGAGAGCGACAACGACAAUGAAGACGAAGACGAAGUCAUCACAGAGAUCCGAUUUGUGCCCAGUGAUAACGCAGCUUUGGAGUCCAUGUUUUCAGCCAUGUGUGACUGCCAGGCUUUGCACCCUGACCCCGAGGAUGCUGACUCUGAAAACGAGGAGUUCGAAGGGGAGGACUAUGAAGAGGAAGAGGAGGAGGCGGUGGCUGGCCAGGGUAACGUACCUACAUUCUACACAUAUGAGGAGGGUUUGUCACACCUGACUGCAGAAGGCCAGGCCACACUGCAGAGACUCGAAGGCAUGCUUGCUCAGUCUGUCACGCAGCAGUUUCACAUGGCCGGAGUUCGCACUGACGAGCCACAGGCUGAGUUCGAAGAUGGAAUGGAGGUUGACCCAAAUUCUGCAGUAGCUGGACAGUUUGACGAUGCUGAUGUUGAUCACUGAUGCAGUGUACUUCACUGCUGCUAACUGAAGCACUUAAAGGGAUCUAAGUGAUCGGGACUUCUGCUCCAAGUACAGCUGCUGGAUUUCAACACCACUUUUCUUGAAGUCAGCACCAUGUCUGUUUCUGUGUUACGUUUUUGUAUUCUUCCUACAGACAAAAUUAAGUGCUUUCUGUAAGUCGUAUUUGUAUGCAAUGUUAUAGAAUAAAAUGUUUUUUUUUUGUAGAAAUGAUGCCUAAUUUAA